GGGCGGCCAGCGGUGGGGAACUAGUGUGGCCCUGGGAGCAGCCUUGACCGCUGACAAGUGGAGGUUGGAAGGAAAAUGCUGCAGGUUUCUCGCCCUUUGGGUAGGAAUAAUCUGCGAUGUGUUCUAUGACCAGGACAAUCACAACACGGAGAGAGCUGGGGAGAAGAGCUUUUGCAGAGCAACGGGAGGACCGGGAGCUGGGGUGUCACCAGGAGCGAGGGGAGGCACUGGCGUGCGCCCAGCUUCCCGGCUCACCAGGUGGGAAGGCGGGUCUGGGGGGCAGCAUGUGCCCGCUGGGAGAUCCUGGUCUUUGAAUCCUGGGUGUUGAACUGAGGAGCACAGUAGGGGCCCACAGAGGUGAUGGGCUGGGAGAGGCUCCCGGCUUUGUAACAGGACCCCAGGGUCUUGGGGAGAUUGUGCAACAAGCAAGCGGGAAGCCGGCUCACCGUGGCUGCCGCUGCGCUGGGAGGAGGGCGUCUCCCAGGCUGAGUGCCAGGGCUGAUGGAGCAGCGCCCCUGGCUGGCAGGCGGGGCAGGUGUCGCUGAGAGAUGAGCCCCGCCCGCGCGGCUGGUGCUCUCCCAGGUGAGCAUUGCUCAGAGCAGCGGGAAAUGACUCCUGGGAGCGGGAGUGAGGUGGCAGGCAGCCCCGGACGCUGGCGCACAGCAGUCCCGGGAGCUGGGUGCUAGGAGCUCCACUCCCCGCCGUGGACAUCAGGAGCAGCUGGAGUGCCGCCUCCCCGCCACCACCAGGGUCGGGGCAGCAUGAGCCGGGCACGGCACGUGGGCAAGAUCCGCAGACGCCUGGAGGAUGUCAAGAGCCAGUGGGUCCGGCUGGCCAGGGCCGACUUCAGCGACCACGAGAGCGCCCGGCUGGCCACGGACGCCCUCCUGGACGGUGGGCCCGAGGCCUACCGGCAGGUGCUCAGCCAGGAAGGCGAGGUGGACUUCUUGUCCUCCGCGGAGACCCAGUACAUCCAGGCCCAGGCCAAGGAGCCCCCCUGUCCCCCGGACACCCCGGGAGGGGCCGAGGCCGGGACCAAGGGCCUGGACUCCUGCUCCCUGCAGUCAGGGACCUACUACCCUGUGGCCUCGGAGGACAGCGAGCCGGCCCUGCUGCACGCCUGGGCCUCGGCCGAGAAGCCCUACCUGAAGGAACGGCCCGGCGCCACCGUGUACUUCCAGACGGACAAGCACAGCAACAUCAGGGACAUCAUCCGCCGCUGCAUCACCCGGACCGGCCAGGUCCUGGCCAUCCUGAUGGACGUGUUCACGGACGUGGAGAUCUUCUGUGACAUCCUGGAGGCGGCCAACAAGCGCGGGGUGCUGGUCUGCGUGCUCCUGGACCAGGGAGGCGUGCCGCUCUUCCAGGAGAUGUGUGACAAAGUGCAGGUCUCUGACCGGCACCUCAAGAACAUUUCCAUCCGGAGUGUGGAAGCAGAGGUGUACUGCGCCAAAUCAGGGAGGAAGUUCGCCGGCCAAGUCCAGGAGAAGUUCAUCAUCUCGGACUGGAGAUACGUCCUUUCUGGAUCGUACAGCUUCACCUGGCUCUGCGGACACGUCCACCGGAACAUCCUCUCCAAGUUCACGGGCCAGGCCGUGGCGCUGUUUGACCAGGAGUUCCGCCACCUCUACGCCGCCUCCCAGCCCGUGAUGGGCCUGAAGUGCCCCAGGCUGGUCGCGCCCCUGCCGCCCAGAGCGGGACGCAGCCCCCCGCCCGGCGACAGCAGCUGCUCUGCCAGUGGCCGCCUGUCCUCCAACCCCUUCAGCAGCCCCUCCACGGGGAGCAACCCCCAGAACCGGAGUCUGUCCGUGUCCUCAGGGCCCAGCAGCCCGCCGGCCCCAAACCCGCCUCCGCCCCCCAGGUUUCAGCCCUGCCAUGGCCUUUGGGGGGCCCUGGCCCCACAGGCCCACUUCUGCCUGAGGCCCCACGACAGCCCCCUCGCUCUGUACAGCAAACUCAACGCCUGCAGGCCCCCGCGGCUGCAGCUGGAGCAGCUGGGCCUGCUGCCCAGGGCGGCCCAUGUCUGGAGGCCGUUCCUACAGGCCUCCCCUCGUUUCUGAAGGCCCCCCCCCCAUGCUGCCCUCCCAGGACCCCUGGGAACCCACCUCAACGACCGGCAGCUUUGCUUCCCAUACAACUAAAGGCACCUGGACAACACUGGUGCCUGUUCGAAUGUUCUCAGGCCUGAGAGUGUUCACUUGCCAACCCCACCAGUCCCUGGGUUCCCCUCUCUAGUUUGGACUACGCAGCACAUUCCAGAAGGUUCCAGGGUGACAGGGUGGGGAACUAGAGGACAAGAUGGUCAAAGUAGGGCCCUUUCUUCCAAAGAGCAGCCAGUGCCUCCACAUGACCAUUCUUUGACUCGCUGGGAUGCGAGAAGGGCAGAUGCACCACGUUUCAUAGAUGGGUAAACGGGCACCGAGCAGCAGAGGGUGGGUGUGACCAAGGUGCUCCGUUUCCCAGUUUGCAGGAACAGUCUUCUCCCCAGAGAUUCCGGAGAGAGAUCCGGGAGGAGGCCUGGGUGUUUCUGGGAGGGGGGACAACUCCUGCUCCCUGGAAGGCGGAAGACUGGGUAUCCCUGGGCCCGAUGGCGGAGGGAUGAGGCCCCACAACUGCUGCUGUAAGCCGUGUGGGGCCGGUGGAGCCUGCAGCGGCAGAGAUGGAGGAGGCCAGGCGUCCGGGGAUCGAGGUGGAUAAGGCAGCUUGGCAGCUCCGUGCUGAGUCACUUCCAGGCUGACACUCCCAGAGCAUCCAGAGCAGGGGUCCUCAAACUUUUUAAACAGGGGGCCAGUUCACUGUCCCUCAGACCGUUGGAGGGCCGGACUAUAGUUUAAAAAAAAACUAUGAACAAAUUCCUAUGCACACAGCGGCGGCAAAAACACCCGGCGGGCCGGAUAAAUGUUUUCGGCAGGCCGCAUGUGGCCCGCGGGCCGCAGUUUGAGGACGCCUGGUCCAGAGCGUCCAGAGCAGGUGCAGGUGGCCUCAAGGUGGAGGCCCCUCCAGGGGGCCGGGUUCCUAAGAGACUGUGGUGAGCAGCCCCCCCCCCCCCCGACUCCUCCUCAUCCACCCACAGUGGAGAAGCAUUAUGAGCAAGAAAUAAACCUUUGUAGUUCAAGCACUGAGACUGGGGUUGUUUGUUACUGCACCAUGACCCAGCUUCGCCUGACAGAUACAGCCUUGGGAGCCGAGGCUGGGCAUUCCCUGGUGGGACUGGAUUCCCAAGGGUCCCCAGCCUUGGGCCCUCGUCCAGACGGUACGUCCACCAGGAGACCAGGAGGGUUUUACACACCAGGCGAGGAGGUGGCUGAAGGCCAGAGCACGUCCUUUUCCAAGUUCCCAGUCCUCCCAAACCCACCUGUAGUUCCACUCGGGCUAGAGUCACCACUGCACCUGCCCUGGCAGCCUGCUCGCUGGGGGCCAUCCUGAGACACCCACCAUCUCUACUGCGAGUGAAAUUAAACAACAGCAAUGGGCUGCCCACCGAGUUCCAGGCACAGCCACAGGCGGAGACCCAGACUCACAUGUGCCUGGAGAAUUCCAGUCAGCUGCAGGUGACACCCAUGUGAACCCACACCAUGCAACACGAGGAAAGAAAUCUGUGAUCGUCCUGUGUGGGGCCCAGGGGGAUGGGGGGCUUCAUUUAUGGCCAAACACAUACCCCACACCAGGGAUUAGGGAUCACGUUACCCACCUGGAGGACUGACGAAGGAAGUGUUGACUGCUAAUGAGCCACCCUGCCCCCAAGCCUCUCCUAGAAAUUACCUGCAGUAUUCAUUUGGUCCUCACCAGAUACCAUUUUAAAAAAUCUGUUAUCAAAAAAUAAAAAAAUAAAAGU